AUGGAACUCGAGUGUGCAGUUCAAAAUUACGAUUGGGGCAAGAAGGGCAUGGCAAGCAGCGUAGCUCAGCUGAUUAAAUCAUCAUCUCCGGAGCUGAAUAUUGAGCAAGACAAACCCUACGCUGAACUAUGGAUGGGAACCCACGUAAACGGCCCGUCAUUCAUCAAAGGAACCAAAGAAUCACUAGCAGAUUACAUCACCAAAGACUCCAACAGUCACGUGCUAGGUGACAAAGUAAAAGAAGUAUUCGGCAACACUUUGCCAUUUUUAUUCAAGGUCCUUUCGAUCGACAAAGCGCUCUCCAUCCAAGCACAUCCAGCCAAAGCUCACGCAGAGGAUCUCCAUAAAUUAUUUCCCUCUGUCUACAAAGAUCCCAAUCACAAACCAGAGCUCGCCAUUGCUUUGACACCCUUCCAAGGGCUCUGUGGUUUCCGUCCGGUACAGGAGAUUAGGUUUCAUUUAAAAUCAAUCCCCGAGCUGGUUGCGCUGUGCGAUCAGACGGCGAUUGAUGAUUUUUUCAACUGCCAAGGUGAUGCUCAGAUUCAUUUGAAGAAAUGUUUUAAAAGCUUGCUUACUUUUGCAACUACUGAUGGAAAUUCUGGUAUUGUCACUCAGCAGUUGAUCAAUUUUCUUAACCGACUGUCUCAAAUGAAUAACGACAAUAGAGAAAAAUUGAAUGGAAAUCUCUUCGAAAGACUUCAUCAAGAUUUUCCAGGCGAUAUUGGGUGCUUUGGAAUUUAUUUUUUUAAUUACAUAAAUUUGAAUCCUGGAGAAGCGCUGUAUCUUGGACCAAAUGUUCCUCAUGCUUACUUGUACGGCGACUGCGUAGAGUGCAUGGCGUGUUCGGACAAUGUCGUUCGUGCUGGGCUUACUCCAAAAUUCAAGGACGUGCCGACACUAAUUGAAAUGUUGUCAUAUGAAAGUCAGUCGUAUAAUAAAUUUGAGCCAAAAAAAAUAGAUGAAUUUGCGGAAGUUUUUCAGCCACCGAUAAAAGAUUUCGCAGUGACAAAAAUUCAAAUUCCUGGCAGUAAAAGUUAUAAAUUUGUACCGGUCAAUUCAGCUUCUAUAGUGAUAAUUAUCCAAGGAUCUGUAAAGAUAUUUGACAAGGUUUAUAAACGAGGAUCAGUAUUAUUUACACCUGCCAAUACUGAGCUAGCAGUGACUAAUUUAGAGGAAGAAAAAGCCUUGAUUUUUCAAGCUUUUGCUAAUGUUUAACUUACUGAUUGUUAAUUAGAAUCCUCAGAUUCUUCCUUUACACCAUCAGCUGGUUUUUCAUCAGUUUUAUAAUGACGAUACUCGGGUUUUAAUUCCCACAUAUUACGGUGGGGAUUUUUAAUAUUGUAACUACAGACUUCGCUGAGAAUUUCUUUUAAGUAUACCUGUACAAAUAAAAUAGCACAAUUUUGUUAAUAAUUAUU